CGAGUUUAUCCGAAGUGUUUUUUAUUUACCGGUUUUCCUCUCUGUGAUGAUAAAAGAGAAAAGCCCUUUUGUGUUUGUCAAACGAUGAGUCUGUUGUGGGUAUUUUGACAGAAUUUUCGCAAAAGCAAAAAAAAAAAACGUGCGUCCUCCUAAAUGUAAUGAAAUAACACAAAAACAAAGCAAAAUAUACAAGUGAUUUUCAACAAAUAGCUAAAUUGAUCGAAAAACUACACGAUGGCGCCGAAUAUUUGGGAAGUUUUAGUGUUUUUAAUUAAAGAAGAAAACUUUACGGUACCAAAAUACAAUAGAAAAGUGAAACUCAGGGCUGCCUACGACCCUCAAGGCGUAAGCAUUACAAUACUAGAAAUGGACGGUACGACGGAAUUACUAGAAUUCCCAGUCGAUUCAGCUACAGAAUGUAGCAAAGUUGCAAUGAAAUCCUAUCUAUUUUCAAUCGACAAUGAAUCCCUUUUAGUUAAGUUCAACACGAAAGAAGAAGCUCGAAAUUUCGCCCUGGCAAUAACUAAAGUAAAAUCUGGCAGGGACGCUUCCGUUUUCUCUGUCCGAACUGAAGACUCUUCGGCCACACAAUAUUUCCAAUUCUACGGUUAUUUAUCGCAACAACAAAACAUGUUACAAGACUUUGUUAGGACUUAUACGUAUCAAAGAGCAAUAUUAAGUAAUCUAGAAGAUUUUAAGGACAAAAUAGUAUUAGAUGUGGGCGCCGGAUCUGGGAUUUUGUCGUUUUUCGCCGCUCAAGCUGGGGCGAAGCGGAUUUACGCGGUCGAAGCUUCCACUAUGGCCCAUUAUGCCCAGAAAUUAGUCGAUACCAAUAAUUUUUCUAAUUGCAUUAAAGUAUUACCAGGUAAAAUGGAAGAAGUAGAACUCCCAGAAAAAGUAGACAUAAUAGUAUCAGAACCAAUGGGCUACAUGCUCUACAACGAACGCAUGCUCGAAUCCUACCUCAACGCCAAACGGUGGCUAGUUCCUGGCGGCAAAAUGUUCCCUACGAGAGGCGACCUGCACGUGGCCCCUUUCACAGACGACGCUUUAUACAUGGAACAGUACAGCAAAGCAAACUUUUGGUUCCAGACUUGUUUUCACGGCGUUAAUUUAGCUGCUUUACAAAACUGUGCUGUUAAAGAGUAUUUUAGACAACCUAUAGUUGAUACUUUUGAUGUGAGGAUUUGUAUGAGCAAAAGUGUGAGGCAUGUGGUUGAUUUUUUGGAGGCAGACGAAACCGAUUUGCAUACUAUUAAUGUACCUUUGGAGUUUCAUAUAUUGGAGUCUGGCACUUGUCACGGGUUGGCUUUUUGGUUUGAUGUUGCUUUUAUUGGGUCACAACAUACUAUUUGGCUUAGCACUGCGCCUACAGAACCUUUAACACAUUGGUAUCAAGUGAGAUGUUUGCUUGAACAGCCUCUGUUGUUGAAAGAAGGGCAAGUUUUAACGGGUACGGUUUUGUUGGUUGCUAACAAGAGACAAAGUUAUGACGUGACAAUCGAGCUGACUGUUGAAGGCACAUCGCAGACGUCUAGGAAUACUUUGGACCUCAAAAAUCCUUAUUUUAGAUAUACUGGAGCUCCUGUACAACCACCACCAGGUGUAUCAAGUCAGUCGCCAAGUGAAAGCUACUGGAGCCAAUUGGACGCCCAAGGAGUCCGAAACGCCGUCAACAUGGUGAACGGAAUGUCAGUAAACGGCCUGGGCGAAGUUGCAAUGGACACCACCCAAACCCUAAUCAACAAUAACCUAAUGGCUAAUAAUCUAAUAGCUUUGGUGGAUCCUUCCCAACACAUGGUAGAAGCUGCCCAGCCCAAUAUUCAUCCUGGUUGUAUUCCUAGCACCGGACGAGGACGAGUUGCAGCUAGUCCCACUUCCACUCAUACAGCGCAGCUGAUUGGCGGAGCAAUUUCGCCAUCACUUUUCACUUCUUCAGCAGGUGCUCAUCCUCCUCAGCAGCACUUGGUGAUGGCCAAUUAUCCGGUGGCUCAAAACAUGAUGAUUGGAGAUUACGUUAAGAGUGGCAACGGUGUAGUGUCGGCAGUAUAUAGACAGUAAAUGUAGUUAUAAUCGAGUCGUCAAGUAGAAAAAGCAUUAAUGCUCAAUAAUGCGUUGGUACAGGGGGCUUUUUACAUAAGUACCUAAUAAUAAUGAAGAUUAUCUUUAUGAGACUUUUGCAUUAAACCCAAAUUCAUGAUGCCUUGAUUUCAAUGUCGUAGUUUUAAGUCCAAAAUUCAUGAAUUAACAUGGACAAAAACGUGGUAACCAAAUACAUACUUAGAUCUGUUUUAUUUAAAUCAAAAUAUGGCAACUUUAUACCUUUUUUUUUUCUUUUUUGGUUAAAUUUAAGUAUUCACUUUUUACUAUAGAACAAAUGGUAAAUCAAUUAUUAUAACUGUUUGUUUUUCCAUUAGGUUUACUGUGUGAUUUUAAUUUUUAAGUCGGAAAAAUGUACCAUUGUAUGUAUUUUUGUGUUUUUGCAUUUGUGGUAGAUUUUAAAGUACGAAUGAGUGUGUUUGUAUUAUCGAUAAUAUGCGUAUAAGCAGUGUCAUUAUGACCCCUUAUUAAUAACUGAUUUUAUUGAAUCUGUAUAAACUCGGCCUGCAAAAUUCGAGAAACAUUCAAGUUGUUUAUAUUUGAAUGUUUCUAAUAGUCACUAUUUUAAUUGACAGUAAAUUGAAAACUGCAAACAGUAGGAUGGUUUUAAUAAUUUCAUUUUGUACUGUGUAAGUAUUUGUAUAUUUUAUUUUUUUUCAAUGUAAUUUAUUUCUGUAGGGAUCAUCUUUUUAGCUAAAUACAUCAAGAUAAGGCUAAAGCUAGAAUGUCG